CAGCAUCCUGCCUCUAAUUGGCCGAGAUCUCCAGCGAUCCCCCGCCUCCAGCCUGUGUCCGUGAGCGCCGGGAGCGGACAUGGCGGUCCUUGGAGUGCAGCUGGUGGUGACCCUGCUCGCGGCCACCCUCAUGCACAGGCUGGCCCCGCACUGCUCCUUCGCCCGCUGGCUGCUUUGCAAUGGCAGUCUGUUCCGGUACGUACACCCGUCAGAGGAGGAACUGCGGGCGCUGGCAGGGAAACUGAGGCCCCGGGGCCGGAAGGAGCGGUGGGCGAAUGGUCUCCAUGACGAGAAGCCAUUGUCCGUGCCUCGAGAUGCCCAUCUCCAGCUGGAGACCUGUCCCCUCACCGCUGUGGAUGCCCUAGUGCUGCGCUUCUUCCUGGACUACCAGUGGUUCGUCGACUUCGCCGUCUACUCCGUGGGCGUGUACCUCUUCACAGAGGCCUACUAUGUUGUGCUGGGCCCAGUCCAGGAGACCAACAUCGCCGUGUUCUGGUGCCUGCUCACGCUGGCCUUCUCUCUGAAGAUGUUCCUCAUGGUGACCCGGCUGUACUUCAGCACCAAGGAGGGCGGCGAGCGCUCAGUGUGCCUCUCCUCUGCCUUCCUGUUCCUCCUCCUGGCCAUGCUGGUGCAGGUGGUGCGUGAGGAGACCCUGGAGCUGGGCCUGGAGCCAGGCCUGGCCAGCAUGACGCAGCACCUGGAGCCUGUUCUGAAGAAGCAGGAUUGGGACUGGAUACUCCCUGCCAUCAAGCUGGCCGUCCGCCUCGGGCUGGCAGUGCUAGGGUCCCUGCUGGGCGCCUUCCUCGUUUUCCCGGGCCUGAGGCUGGCGCAGACCCACCAGGACGCGCUGAUCCUGUCUGCGGACCGACCGCUGCUACAGCUGCUCCUGCACGCCAGCUUCCUGUCGCCCCUGUGCAUCUUGUGGCUCUGGACAAAGCCUGUCGCUCGGGACUUCCUGUACCAGGCACCCACGAGGAACAUGACCUUCUCUGUACCGGCAGAAGGGGCUUUCGACUCUCUGCGCCUCUGGGUGCUGGUGGCGCUGUGCCUGUUGCGGCUGGCAGUGACCCGGCCACACCUGCAGGCCUACCUGUGCCUGGCCAAGACUCGAGUGGAGCAGCUGCGCAAGGAGGCUGGCCGCAUCGAGGCCCGCGAGAUCCAGCAGCGGGUGGUCCGGGUCUACUGCUACGUGACGGUGGUGAGCCUGCAGUACCUGACGCCGCUUAUCCUCACCCUGCACUGCACACUGCUGCUCAAGACCCUGGGCGGCUACUCUUGGACCCCGAGCGCUACUCCUCCCCCACUGGCCGCAUCCCAGCCUUCAGAGGCCUUGAUCCCCGGAGACCCUGCAGGAGAUGAGGCCCAGCAGACUGCGGCCCAGGUGGCAGGGAUCCUGGGUGGCCUGCUCACGCCCCUCUUCCUCCGCGGCCUGCUGGCCUACAUCAUCUGGUGGACCGCUGCCUGCCAGCUGCUCGCCAGCCUCUCCGGCCUCUAUUUCCACCAGCACCUGGCAGCCUCUUAGCACGAAGGCACUGGGCAUCUGGUUCCUGCCCACAAGGCCUGGCACUGCCCCCGCUGUGUGCCUCGGUGCCCCAGAUGACCUAAGGGUUGGUGUGGGGAACUCUACCAUGUCUCUCACCUCAGUGCCUAGAUCAUGAACCCCUUGAGGCAGUCUCCCCUGGGCCAUGGCCCCCAAGUAUGUGUGUGGGGGGCACUUUUUAUCCCUUUUAUAUCCCAGACACUGGGGACUGAGCAGGGGAGACCUGGAUAGUGAGGGUUCUAGGGAGUGGGAACCUGGAGGUCAGAGGUGGUUAGGCGAGAGAAAGCUAGGGGUGGGACUCUGGCCCAGCAUCCACAUAGCCCUGGUCUGUCACUGUCACCAGGAGGGAGACAACUCUCCAUGCCUGUCUCCCCAGCACACUUGGGACGCUGAGGCAGGAGGGUUAGCCUAGACUAGUAAAAGACUGUGUCUGUAGAAUGAGAAAAAGAAAAAAAGGGGAAGGUGUGAAAGGGGAGCGUGGGGGGAGCUUGUCACCCUCCAAAGCUGUGAGGGUGACUGCUGUCAUGUCUUUUGAGGCCUUGGUGACUAAGGGACACCUCCAACUCCGAAGUUGUCCUUUCGCUAUGACUUAGUGUAUGUGCAUGUGUAUUUAUGAGGUGUGGCGCCCCUGUACAUAUGAGCGCAUACUGAGAAUAAAAAGGGCUCCUGCGA